AUGAGUAAAGAUAAGGAAACUAAAUCACAGGAUACUGAACUAAAAGUAGAUGAAAAGCAAUCAGAAAAAAUUGCUCAAGCUUUAACUGAUCCUACUAAAAAAAGAAAAGCUGAAGAUGAAAUUGAAAUUAGUUUAGAAAGUUCAGUUCCUCUUUCUAAAAAACAAAAACGUUUAUUAAGAAGAGGUAAGAUUACUUUGGAAGAAAUUAAUGCUAAAUAUAAUAUUGAUCCAUCAUCUAUUGAAGAAUACAAGAAAGAUGCUUCCAAGAAAGAGGGAGAUGAUAAACAAAAUGAUACUCAAGAUGAUGUGAAGAAAGAUGUAUCCAAAUAUGGUGUUUGGAUUGGUAAUUUAUCGUUUGAUACUACUAAAGAAGAAUUAAUUAGAUUGAUUGUUGCCAAGACCAAGACUUUGGAAGAAUCUAAACAAGUUAAAGAUGCCAAUAUAAUAAGAGUCAAAUUACCUUUAGCUCAAAAUGAUGGUAAAAAAUUAAAAAUAAAAGGGUUUUGUUAUAUGGAUUUUGAAACUGAAGCACAAAUGGAAAGUGUUAUAUCAUUAAGUGAAUGUCAAUUGAAUGGUAGAAAAUUAUUGAUUAAGAAUUCCAAGAAUUAUGAAGGUAGACCAAAUAGAGAUGAUUUAGUCUCCAUGUCUAAAAACCCACCAAGUAGAAUUUUAUUUGUUGGUAAUUUAUCAUAUGACACUACUGAUGAAUUAUUAAGGAGUCAUUUCCAACAUUGUGGUGAGAUUGUCAAGAUUCGUACCGCUACAUUUGAAGAUACUGGUAAGUGUAAAGGGUUUUCAUUUAUAGAUUUCUUAACAGAGGAGAGUGCGACGAAGGCAUUAAAGGAUAAGAGUUGUAGAAAGAUUGCUGGCAGACCAAUAAGAAUGGAAUAUGGUGAAGAUAGAAGUAAAAGAGUGGUUAGAAGUGUAAGACCUAAGGAAGGGUUUGAUUUGCCUGAUGAUUAUAGAAAGGAGAAUAGAGCUACCAGGGAGACAUCUACAUUUGCUAAGGAACCUUCGACGUUUAAGAAGGAUAAUUUUACUAAAAACACAUAUCGUAAGAAUGAAAUUGGUAAUAAUAACCGUCUAAAGAGUAGUAUUGCAUUAGCCAAGGCACAAAGAGCAUCUGCAGCCAUUGUUCCCUCUGAAGGUAAAAAAACUGUAUUUGAUUGA